AUGGCAGCCAAUAUCAUACCACCAAUUCAGCUACACUCCACCGUCCGUACCACCGCCGGCCACCACUCAUCCGACUCACAACCGAAAACCAACAACUGGUGGACCCCACUCUUCGGCUGGUCUUCCGAACCGGACUACAUCAACACCGACAAAAACCGGACGAACAAUUCUACUUUAUCAGCGAAAUCUAGCGCCAAUUCUGGUUCCGAUCUGGAUCAGAGACCGAUUAAAUCUCGAAUAUCGCCGGUGAAUUUUACUGACGAGAAGGCGCGGAAGCUCCGAAUGUUGACGAGUGAAACGGAGUCGUUUCAUGAUGCGAUGUAUCACUCCGCUAUUGCUUCUCGUUUUGCUUCUGAUUUCUCCGAUCGGUUUGAUGCUUGA